CCUGCCGGUGGACGAAGGCACGCUGUUUUCGUUGUGGGCGACGGGGGCACUUGGCUAGGAUGUGCUAUGACGCGCCGAUAUCAGAUGGGCAGAGUGCGAAACGGGCACAGAGUGUUAAAGCAUUGACGGUCAUGCAAACCACGUCAAACCCUGACGGCAGCGAUGAAGCCAGCGCGGCACACGUUUGUACCGUAAUCUCUGAAAAGAAAAACGGAUUGGAAACACCAAUACGACGCACAUUUUGUUGGGGAGGUGUUGAACUACAGAUGGAAAUCGACACAGGGUCUCCGGUGUGCGUCAUCUCGCGCCAUAUCUACGAGCGACACGGCGCACAGUGGCCACGCUUGAAGGCGCCCCGAAUGAAGUUAUCGUGUUACGCGGGAGAGCUGCCCACGCUGGGUGAACUCGAACUGUCGGUGCGGUACAAAAAUGUGUCCGUCAUGUGCACACUAAUUGUGCUUGACUGUUCAGGACCGAGCCUGUGUGGACGCGACCUGAUAACGGCGCUCAGCAAUAUGGGCGUGACGAUUAGACAGCUGACGGCGCCGGAAUUACCUGCCGCUACACGUUCAUCCGCUCACAGGGUGAACAGUAUGCUUGCGGACUACGAAGACGUCUUCUCGGCAGACCUUGGACUCAUCAAAGGUCCUCUUGCCAGCCUGAAGCUCAAGUCGACAGCGACGCCAAAAUUCUGUCGGCAGUUCACCCUGGUCACCGACAAUCAACCCCUGCUUGGACUACUGAGACCUGAUCGCCAGACACCAACGAUGGCGGCAGCUCGCAUUCAACGGUGGGCACGGUUCCUGGGCAGCUACCAGUACAAGCUGCAGUACGUGCCUGAGAAGCAACUACUGACAGCAGAUGCCCUCAGCAGACUUCCAGUAGAGGCGACUGGGCCAAUGUUUGUUGGCGACCCACCCGAGUACGUCUUGUCAUUCGAGGCCCUAGAUGAAGACAUCGUAGUUUCCAACAAUGGGCCAGCACUUACCAGCAGCCAGUACGCUGACUUCGUGAACAGGAAUGGCAUCCGUCGCAUGCUGGUGCCUCCAUAUCACCCUGCUACCAACAGGGCUGCAGAGUGGGUAAUCAGCCAGCUGAGCAACAAGCAACAGUGCCUGUGGAGCCUGCAGGAGCUGCUGCUGAGCCAGAACAGUCAAAAAGUCAGCCCCACAACAAAACUGGGCUCCCAACAGCAGCCUUCCCAUCGGGAGAAUGCCCUGUCGCACUGCGAACAAAUGCCUGGACAAGACGCCCUGUGA